AUGCAGUUGGCCAAGUUCCUUUCUCUCGCCGUUGUGGCUAUCGCCCCGGCUCUGGCUGUCUCGACUACGGAUGCUCUCCUCUACUCUCUUGAUCUGUACCGGGGAACCUUCAUCCACAGUGAUGGUGACGCCUCGUGUAUCACUACUCCCGAGGGCAUCAUCCACUCCGUCGAGCUGGCCCCCGGCAUGACCUGUAACUUGUACUUCCAACCCAGCUGCGGUGGCGACCCGUUCCCUCUGAAGCUCGAUAGCCCAUCGCUCGUUCGCGACAUUGGAAGCGCGGCGCUCAGUGCCCGGUGCCGGAAGUGA